GCCCUUUGUUCCGCCGGGGAGCCAUGGCCGGGGCCGGGGGCCCAGCGCGGCGCCUGCUCCGGCCCCGCCAGUCGCGGGGCAGCGAGGAGGCACUGGGAGAGCAUCUGGCCUGUCUACAAAAAGCCGAGGAGGAGCGGCAAAGCGUGGAGCUGCUGAAACAGACUGAAGCCGAGCGGCAGAAGAUCGUUGCGGAGUGGAAGGAGCUGCGAGGGUUUCUGGAAGAGCAGGAGCAGCUCCUGCUGUCCCAGCUGGAAGAGCUAGCCAGAGCCAUUGUCAAGAGAAGGGAUGAAGGUGUCUCCAGACUGUCUGGGGAGAUUUCCCUGCUUGGAGGGAAGGGGCAGCAGCAGCCAAGCAGCCAAUCCCCACAGGGUGCGGGAUGCACUGAGAGCAGCAGGGAGGAUGGGCCGUUUCAGAAGCCAGAGCCGGGGUUUGCGGAGCUGGAGAAGAGACUCAGCGAUUUCUCUCUGAAAAGUGCCAUCGUGCAGGAGGUGCUGCUGGGAUUCAAAGAGACUCUGCGACUGGAGCUGGAGAGCAACACAGGGAUUCCAGUUUCCAAACCUGAUGAUGUCUCCCAGCUGGAACAAGGGGAAGAGCCAUGGGUCCAGGGUCUCCAGGACUCAGAGGAAAGAGAGAUCCAGGGAGGUGCCUGCAGGGCAGGUGAAGGGACAGUAAGUAAGAACAAGCAAGAGAAUCCUCAGCAGAAAGAUCACGAGCAAGAGGAACCACCCGGGAUGUUUUCAGAAAGAUUUGAAGGGAAUGUUCACUGGAGUUGUGAGCGGAGAAAAGGUCAUGAGAGUCAGCACUGGCCAGAGAGGCAGCCGGGAAAACAGCCGGGGGAUUGUCAGGGAAGUGGCAAGGACCUCCAGGAAACCACAGCCCAGCAGAGAAUCCCCACAGGAGAGAGAAAAAACACCUGCACUGAGUGUGGGAAAACCUUCAGUAGUCGCUCAAACCUUAUUACGCACUGGAGAAUCCACACAGGGAACAGACCAUAUAAAUGCUCAGAGUGUGGGAAAAGCUUCAAUCAGCGUUCAAACCUUAUUAAACAUUGGAGAAUCCACACGGGAAAUAGACCCUUUAAAUGCCAUGACUGUGGGAAAAGCUUCACUGACAGCUCAAACCUUACUCAGCAUCAGAGAACCCACGUGGGGGAGAGACCCUACAGGUGCUCGGAGUGCGGGAAAAGCUUCACUCGGAGCUCAGACCUUAUUAGACAUGAGACAAUCCACACGGGAGACAGACCCUUUAAAUGCUCCAAGUGCGGGAAAAGUUUCAACGACCGCUCAAACCUUAUUACGCAUCAGAGAACCCACAUGGGGGAGAGACCUUAUAGGUGCUCAGAGUGCGGGAAAAGCUUCAGUGUGAGUUCCAGCCUUAUUACACAUUGGAGAAUCCAUACAGGAGAGCGACCCUAUGAAUGCUGUGAGUGCGGGAAAAGCUUUACUCGGAGCUCAGACCUUAUUAGACAUGAGACAAUCCACACGGGAGACAGACCCUUUAAAUGCUCCAAGUGCGGGAAAAGCUUCAAUGACCGCUCAAACCUUAUUAGACAUCAGAGGAUCCACAAAGGACAGUAGACCCACUGACUAGGGCUGGCCAAAGAUACUCUUGCUAAUUCCCACAUAGAGACCUUUAAGGCUGUUUGCACCAGUUAUGUUACCGCAGUCUCUCAGCUGCCCCACUUUUGCCUUUUGCACCUCACCCUUUGGGGUGAAUCGCAGGGCCCCUUCUAUCAGCUCUUUUGUCCUGGAAGUGGAGGGAAUGGUAUGCCUCACCUGCCAGGAAUGUCCAUCAGCCCCGGGUGGGGAGAUAAGGGUGACCUCGACUAGCUACACUGAGAUAUAAUCUACCUAGGCCGUGUCUCCACUAGGAUUUUCCAUGGAGAUAAUUAGCUCAGGUUAACUAUCCUGAUGUAAAACAUAACUAUUCUUGCAGUGCAGCCAUAGCCCACAGUGGCAAGCAUUAUCUAGCAUGUUCCUCCUUGAUCUGACUUAACCUCCAUCACUUUUCCAAACCCUGGGCAUCACGGUCCCCCCACGGUCAGCAGAGUGAUUGUCAGAGGCAUUGAGUUCCCCCUUGGAGACAGAUUGGUUAUGUCUACACUCCAAAAACUCCUGCAGUAGCAAGUCUUAGAGCCUGCCUGGAUCUACAUGCCUGGGCUAAGCUACAGAUCUAAAAAUAGCCAAGGAAACAGCUGAGGCUGGAGCUUGGGCUCUGAAGCCUGGGGACAGGGCUUUUAGCGCUGUAGCAUGAACCGGAGUCGAGAGACCCAGGAUCUGAGAUUCGCUGCCACUUCUUUUAGCAGUGUAGACAUAUCCAUAGAGUUUAUCCUGCCUGCAUUCUGCCGCUCCUCGCAGACCUGAAGCAGGAAUUUGAAUGAAUCCCAAACACCAAGUAAUUGUUCUGUGCUUUAAUCUGUGUUUCCCUCAACUGGCAAAGCUGCUUCUGUGCUUUUUUCUGCUAAACUGGGAUUGUUGCUGAUGGGAAGUUUGGCUAUUUUUCUCCAUUACAAUGAUGCUAAAACUUCUGAAAAUAUCAUGAUUCAAAAAUAAUGAGAUGGUGCUGAGUGAAGCACAUUUGGGUGGAUCAGAGGACAACAAAAUGGGAUAAUCUGUUGUCCUGAUUUGAGUCAUCAGGUAUAGCCUGCUCUGGAAUUUUAGUUUAUAUGAAACUAAAAGUGUCUUAUACCCCUUGGUAUUGUCAGUUUCUCUCUCUUUCCUGAAGACCAUUUAAUCACAUAACUGGAUGGCAGUUUUGUUAAACGGAACAUAGCUUGGAUUUAGUGGGGACUUUGAGACAAAUGACCAUUGGCUAAAAUAGUCAUUUCUUUCUUUUUGUUUUUUCCUUGCCCUUCCAUGAUGAUGUGGCCCAUGGGGGAUGUUCACAUGCAGUUCAGUCAUCAGGAGAGGUCACGCUUCAACCUAUUGGUCAUGCUACCAUGGAAACAGUAGUGUUUUAAAAUCUCUACUCUGAGAUGGUAAAUAACAGUACACCCCAAUCUGCAGCUAACUGAAGUAACUGACUACGAGCGCACCCAUGUUCCGCUGGUUAAGGCGGUAUCAUUUCCAAUGGUCUGGGAAGAGAAUUGCAGAGUAAGUGGCUUGGAACUAGGAAAAAUAACCGUAUAUUUGGUUCCCAAAGUUGUUGUGGCCCAGGCCCUUCACAUUACUUUUGAAGAUGUUUCCUUCCUAAUCAGGUAUGUUGCCUAUGUUUUGGGAAACACUGUCCCCAUCUGUGUGGAUGUGGAGAAAAUGGGAGUGGCAUUUUUGCUGAACUUACCCUUUGUACAGGUUGCAAAUGUGUAUAAAAUGAACUCAGUGUUGAAUGUGAGGUAGUUGCGAAAUAGUGAUUUUUGAACAGAUACCCCACUUCUGGUGGCUUGCAGGGAUUCUGAUGCAGUCCAUAAUUUAGACCUGUGCCAUCAGAUUAAAGAAACAAAUUGGAUAUGUUUGGAGAAGUCUUUCCUCAGUAACACUACUGAGAUUUUGGGUGGUUUGGUAAAGGAUUCUGCUCCAGAGAAGUGUAAAUUUACCCUGAUCAAGGCCAAGGAUUUGGCAAGCACUCAGUAAUAGCAGGUACCACUGGUUGGUUUUCAUCCCAGGGAAGGACUCUACCGUGGUCUAUAGCCCAGGUAAAACUAUGUUUAGAAUACCUUUCCCUAGGUUAAUGGCAUUGAGUAAGGUCCCUGAGGAUGCCAUAGUUAAACUGGGAACAAUUGUCCGUUACCAUUUGGAGCCAAAGUUUCAAGAGGCAAAGAAAGAAGCCUUCAAAGGACAUUCCUUCCUCAUGGAUCCCAGUCUGGCUCCCUCGGUGGACAACAAGGACUUUCAUGCUGUGUAAGUGAUGAUAACCAAUGAGGGAAUAGAUAUGUCAGAUUCCCAAGUGCAGACAGACAGAUACAUAAAUGUUGAUUCUCUGCUUUUGUCUCUUAGUUUUGCCCGGGUGUUUUGUGCAUCACUUCUCCUUCAUGUCCUGCUAAUUUGAAAGAUUAGAAAGUGUGAAAAUAGAGUAGAGGUGCUUGUUCUCAUGAUGCAGACCUUCCCACAUAGUGUGAGGCCCCUUUUACCAACACUGAUAGCAGAAGACCAAGAGAUAAAUGAAUUCAAAGAAGUGGAAGACACCUAUGUUGACACAGAAUGCAAUUUUACCUGGGAUUCACUUGGUAGAACUGGAAAUUAAGAGAAAACUAACACAUAUAAGAUUUUGUAAUCUUUGAAUAUGUUAUUGUUACCAAUGAAAAUGAAAUUAAACAUGAAGUUAAUUAUUGGUUAAAGAGUAAGACACUGAUUUUCUGAUAACCCAAAUUAUACUGGAACACUGCAAUUUUACAUUAGUUCCCUUUUAGUAUAGGAAAGGGUGACUAAUCUUUUAAAGUAUAUUUGAUGUAAGAUACAUCCUUUGGACUAAUGAGUUUUGAAGAAAAACCUCACUUCAAAGGUUGGAGUGGGGGAAUACGAGAGAGAAAUAGUGUGUAUGAGAGUACAGACCCAGUGUUUUACUUCAAAUGGAAUUUAUGUCGAUGCUCUAAAGCAAAUUUUCUGUUAAGUGGAAAAUUGCUUAAGGAGACAAGUAGUGUAAUCUUUUACCCAGUUAGUCUGUAGGGGUCAUUGAGUUCCCCACUUCUCUUGUUCGCAAAGCAAAGGCAUGACAUCUGUCAUGAGAUGUGAUGCUUUCUCAGGGUGUCCAGAACUGUAAGUCACCCCUCUGCAUCUGCUGGUGCUAACCAAAGUGACAACUCCUUGCCACUCCAGUUUGUUAGCCAGCCCCAUAGAUUCCACAGGAUGCCACCAGUCCUAAUUUUGCCUGGCAGGUUAACCCUAUUGUACUUCAGUCCCCAAACUCUCCAGAAGCAUCUCCCUGUAGCCUCUAACCCUGGUCACUGUCGCAAUUACCAAGUUCGCUGUCUCUAGAGAGAUGUACUACCAUUUUGCGUUAUUUAACCAGGAAUUCAUAGAUUCAUAGAUAUUAAGGUCAGAAGGGACCAUUAUGAUCAUCUAGUCUGACCUCCUGCAGGCCACAGAAUCUCACCCACCCACUCCUGCGAUAAACGUCUCACCUAUGUCUGAGCUAUUGAAGUCCUCAAAUCAUGGUUUAAAGACUUCAAGGAGCAGAGAAUCCUCCAGCAAGUGACCCGUGACCCAUGCUACAGAGGAAGGCGAAAAACCUCCAGGGCCUCUUCCAAUCUGCCUGGAGGAAAAUUCCUUCCCGAUCCCAAAUAUGGCAUCAGCUGAACCCUGAGCAUAUGGGCAAGAUUCACCAGCCAGAUACCCAGGAAAAAAUUCUCUAUAGUAACUCCGAUCCCACCCAAUCUAACAUCCCAUCACAGGCCAUUGGGCCUAUUUACCAUGAAUAUUUAAAGAUCAAUUAAUUGCCAAAAUCAUAUUAUCCCAUCAUACCAUCUCUUCCAUAAACUCAUCGAGUUUAAUCUUAAAGCCAGAUAUGUCUUUUGCCCCCACUGUUUCCCUUGGAAGGCUAUUCCAAAACUUCACUCCUCUGAUGGUUAGAAACCUUCAUCUAAUUUCAAGUCUAAACUUCCCGAUGAUCAGUUUAUAUCCAUUUGUUCUUGUGUCCACAUUGGUACUGAGCUUAAAUAAUUCCUCUCCCUCUCCGGUAUUUAUUCCUCUGAUAUAUUUAUAGAGAGCAAUCAUAUCUCCCCCCAACCUUCUUUUGGUUAGGCUAAACAAGCCAAGCUCCUUGAGUCUCCUUUCAUAAGACAGAUUUUCCAUUCCUCAGAUCAUCCUAUAAUAGCACUGUCAUGCUUACGAUACAAAAAUAAGAUUAUUAACCAAGGACAGAAAUUUAAGGGAUAUUAAGAACAAUAGAGACAGAAAUGGUUACAAAUCAAACAAGCAUAACAUGCUUCUAAGUGACUAAAAUUUAACAAGCUAAAAUCCUUGACUAAAAUAAGUUUCUAACUAAAGAAACCUUUUAGCAUUACCCACUGUGGUGGAAUACACCCCUGCACGCUAUUGUAAUAAUCUUUGUACAAGGUGAACAUUCAUAAUUUAUUGCCUAGUAAUAUCAUGGUAGAGUGCAUAUAGUACCAUUAUAUGUAAAGUUAUGAACAUAAAAAUCGUGACUGACGUGCAUUUCCCAGGUGAGUUUGGGGAGUGGUUAAAUCAGUUUCUCAAAGAUAAAGGGCAAGCGAGGCGUCAACAAAGCUGACGGACAAUCACCUACCAAGUGACCAAUCUUUGGCAGGAACAAAGAAGUCCGCAUUUUAGCAAAGAAACAGCCUAGAGUCUCCUUUCUCCAGCAGACUGCCUGUCUACUUGUUCUUAGAUGGAAAUGCUUUACAAAAAGAGACUAAAAAAACUAUAAAAAAGAGAGGAUGACACCCCCAAGACACUCUGCUCUCUCUCCUUGCCCACCUCAUUCUCUGCACCUUAGAAGACAAAGGAAACCGCCUUUGGGCUUUACAGGAGAGGUCCUGACCUGAAGAGUUUGGUCAGUAAUGCUGCUAAAAAUG